AUGGGGAAGAAAGACGGAUACAAGACUCAGAAGCGCUUCUCAACCGCUUCCUCCGGCGUUCUCCCGACGACCAACGUAACAAGAAAACCGCCACGUGGCAAACAGAUCAAGAAAACGUUCAACAACCUGAAAAUGACCCUCCUCUGCGGCCUCGUCACAAUCCUCGUCCUACGUGGCACGAUCGGCGUCAACUUCAGAACAUCCGACACCGUUAACCAAAACCUAAUCGAAGAAACCAACCGUCUCCUAGCCGAGAUCCGAUCCGACACGGAUCCAACCGACCCGAACGAGCCCCCUGACUCGGAUCUCGACCUCAACAUGACGUACACUCUCGGUCCCAAGAUCACUUCAUGGGACCAACAACGAGAAACGUGGCUAACUCAAAACCCUAACUUCCCUAGCUCCGUAGCCGGUAAACCUAGAGUCUUGCUCCUCACGGGAUCUCCACCGAAGCCUUGUGACAACCCUAUCGGUGAUCAUUACCUCUUGAAGUCGGUGAAGAACAAGAUUGAUUACUGUCGGAUCCACGGGAUAGAGAUAGUUUACAACAUGGCUCAUUUGGAUAAGGAGCUUGCUGGUUACUGGGCUAAGUUGCCUAUGCUCAGGAGGUUGAUGUUGUCACACCCUGAGAUUGAAUGGAUUUGGUGGAUGGACAGUGAUGCUUUGUUUACAGACAUGGUGUUCGAGAUACCUUUGUCUAAAUACGAGGAUCAUAACUUGGUUAUCCACGGGUAUCCGGAUUUGCUGUUCGAGCAGAAGUCUUGGAUUGCUUUGAAUACUGGUAGCUUCUUGUUUAGAAACUGUCAAUGGUCUUUGGAUUUGUUGGAUGCUUGGGCUCCUAUGGGACCUAAAGGACCGAUUAGGGAAGAAGCUGGGAAGGUACUAACGGCAUUUCUUAAAGGAAGACCGGCUUUCGAAGCUGAUGAUCAGUCUGCGUUGAUUUAUCUUUUGCUUUCGGAGAAAGAGAAGUGGAUGGGGAAAGUGUUUGUGGAGAAUCAGUAUUAUCUUCAUGGGUUUUGGGAAGGGUUGGUGGAUAGGUAUGAGGAGAUGGUGGAUAAGUAUCAUCCGGGUUUGGGAGAUGAGAGGUGGCCCUUUGUGACUCAUUUUGUGGGAUGUAAACCGUGUGGGAGUUAUGCGGAUUACGCGGUGGAAAGGUGUUUGAAGAGUAUGGAGAGAGCUUAUAACUUUGCGGAUAAUCAAGUGUUGAAGCUUUAUGGGUUUGGUCAUAGGGGAUUGUUAAGUCCUAAGAUUAAGAGGAUUAGGAAUGAGACAAUAUCUCCGUUGAAGUUUGUAAACAGGUUUGAUAUUCGGAGAACAGCACCACUCAAGGUUGAAGGUCGGAGCUAG